UCGUCCUUAAAACUCGUCCCGAAAUGCCUGUGGAAAUUAAGCGUGUCCUUGUGUGCGAUGCCGUCGAUAACGCAUGUGUCAAACUGCUGCAGGAUCACGGUAUUGAGGUGGAUUACAAGCUGAAGCUGUCGCAAGCGGAGCUGAUCAAGGAGGUUAAGAAUUAUGACGCCCUCAUCGUGCGGUCGGACACGAAAAUUACGGCAGAGGUUUUGGAUGCGGGCGCCGGGAGGGUGAAAGCCGUCGGACGAGCGGGAGCCGGCGUGGACAACAUCAACAUCGACGCGGCCACAAGGAACAACGUGCUGGUGCUCAACACUCCCGGUGGCAACUCGAUCUCAGCGUGCGAGCUAACAUGCUUCCUGAUCGGGGCGCUGGCUCGUCCAAUCUGUCCGGCGGCGUCCAGCAUGAAGGAAGGCCGCUGGGACCGGAAGUUGUACGCCGGCACGGAGCUUCACGGCAAAACCCUCGCCAUCCUUGGGCUCGGCCGGAUCGGGCGUGAGGUGGGCAUUCGUAUGAAUGCCUUUGGAAUGCGUGUGAUCGGAUUCGAUCCCAUCACGACUGAGGCUGAGGCCCGAGCCGCUGGUAUCGAGAAAAUGGAGCUGGAACAAAUAUGGCCAUUGGCAGACUACAUCACUGUCCACACGCCACUCAUACCGGCCACCCGUGAUCUCAUCUCAACAGCGACCCUGGCGAAGUGCCGUAAAGGUGUACGAGUGAUCAAUGUGGCGCGUGGUGGCAUCAUCGAUGAGGCGGCCCUUUUCGCGGCCCUCGAAAGUGGCCAGUGCGGUGGUGCAGCCGUUGACGUGUACCCGGAGGAACCCCCGAAAUCGGACACCACUCGAAAGCUCAUCAAUCACCCGAAGGUGGUCGCAACGCCUCACCUGGGUGCCAGUACGGCCGAGGCACAGGUGCGUGUUGCCGUCGAGGUGGCGGAACAAUUCGUCGCCCUUACCGGAAAGUCGCAAGUUUACACGGAAUACGGUGGUGUUGUGAACCGCGAGCUGUUGUCGAAAGUCGCGUAAAUCGAAUUCACCGGCGCUAUUUCUGGGCCACCCGGGGGUGGACUUGCCGAAUGCCCGCCAAAAUCAAUCAUCCGGAUCCGGUCGAUCGACGUGAAUGUAUGACGUCAGGACCUGAGUUGGAUCCAAAAUGGGCAAGGGUGGCGUGAAAUCGGAAACCGGCUUGGAGUUUUGACAAAUAGAGGGGUCUCCGGGACUUGGGACAAAUAAAUGAUAGC